UUCUAAAUUUACCUGGGGCUCCAAAGCCUCUCUAAACCACCAAGAUGAGAAGUAUGCGCCAUAUAUUUAAGAAUUCAGAGAAUUUAAAAAAGGAAAGUGCAGAACCUGUCGCUCCAGAUAUUUGUCAGAGGUGCAGAGGUGCAUGCGUUUGGCUCUGGUGGACCUGCUGAGUGUGUCCUUUGGUGUGUGAUGCUGGGUGUUGGCAGUGGUCAGUGCCUUCUACUUGGCCUUGGUACAUGUGACAAAAAAUGGCAACUGCGUCCGAAAUUUGAUGACAUUAGCACUAAAUAAAUAUGAACUGUGGCUUUUUGAGCAACUUUCUGCUUUGAGUCAGUCAUUCUAGAGCAGGGUUCUCAACUUUGCCCCCGUCACUCCUGUUUGUUUUUGGGUGCAGUGCUUUAAAUUGUUUAACACGAAGACAAUCCGAGCAGAGAGCACAAACAUGCUGAUGGACUGGAUGUGUUAAUUCAGUGAGAGUCACACACUAAUGUGUACACUUUAACUGCACUCAAGAAAAGCACAAAUACCAACGAGCCUGACUAGAUUCUUUAGUGGGGCCCUGAUGACUGUGUUGGAGGUGGAGCAGAACCAAAAAUUUAGAUACUUAAAGUCUGAGAUGAUCUGAAACAGGUGCAGUUAACAAUGGCUCUCCAACAGUUUGUGUGCUGCUUCACUGUGGUGAUCAUUUUCUUCUGCAAAGGUAAGAAAACUGAUUUUUCCUCAGAUAUUUUCUGAUUACUGAGGUUAUAUCAGGGGUCGAAGAAAUACGAGAUAAAUUAGAGCUACAAAUGCUCACUGUUCUAAAUACAUCUUCUGCAGAAGUGUGAACAGUGCGUGUUGAGGGAUGUGGGGUCUUUGAGGAUGGAGGCAGCUCUCCUUUGGACUUUGUGAUGGUAGAUGCUCUGCAGAGAGGGCAGCGGAGUCCUGAUGAUCUUCUCCGCAGUUGCAGUUGUUAUCACUCUCUGCAGGCGUUUGCGCUCCAUAGCAGUAGUGCUGCCGUACCAUGCAGUGAUGCAGCUGGUCAGUGUGCUCUCCACAGGGCAGCUGUAGAAGCUGCUGAGGAUCUGGGCUGACAUACCAAAUUUCUCAUCCUCCUCAGGAAAUACUGCCACUGUUGAGUCUUCUUGACCAGCUGUGUGGUGUUCAGUGACCAGGUGAGGUUAUCAGUGAUGUAGACGCUCACUUACCUAAAGCUGCUCACCCUCUCCACUUCAAGCCUCUGGAUAAAUAGCGUUCCAUGAGGCCUCCUCUUCUUCCUCAUAUCCACUAUCAUCUCCUUUGUCUUAUCAGUGUUGAGGUUGUUGUCCUCACACCAUGACACCAGACCGUCCACCUCUCUCCUAUAAGGCGCUUCAUCCCCACCAGUGAUGCCACCGAUCACUGCAGUAUCGUCCGCGAACUUCAGUAUGAUGUUCCCUUUGUAGGAGGCAACACAGUCGUGGGUGAACAGGGUGUAGGGGAUUGGGCUGAGGACGCAACCCUGUGGGACACCAGUAUUUGUGUGAUGGCUGACGUCCUGUUGCCAAUCCUGACAGACUGAGGCCUGUUGAUGUUAUCCUUGUCAGAGGAUGGGGCUGGGGACACAACCCUGCAUAAAUGAGUUUCUGGGUGUGUGUUUUCAGAAAGGGUCCCCAGGCUAGGCUUCCCCAAGCUACCCAAUCAAAGAUGCAGAUUGUCUCGUAAGAUGUUUUAAACAUAAAGACCUAAGACUAACUGGCUGGAUUUUGAUAGAAGAGGUAAAAAUAUACAACUGUGAUCAGAUCUUCAAGUUGGAAGAAAAAGUCAAUGCUUCCUUUCACAUGUUGUCUGUGAACAGGUUUGUCUCUGUUUUCUCAUUUUCAGGUUGUCAUUUAGAGCAGCCCGAAUGUGGCAUCAGGGCUGUGAACAGCAGCAACAUCACAGGAGCUCAUGAUGCAGCACCAGGAAGCUGGCCCUGGUUUGCUAAUGUACACCUUGUUGAUGGAGGGUCUGUGAUAGACGAGGCUUAUUGUGCAGGUUCUCUGAUCACCGACCAGUGGGUGCUGACAAGAGGAUUUCUACCACAGGAUUUCAGAACACUGGUGGUCUAUCUGGGCCGCAACAGCCGGUCAGAUUCAAACCCAAAUGAAGUGUAUCGGACACUGGAAAACAUCGUCUGCGAUCCAAGUGACACAAUCUGUCUUCUGAAGCUGUCGGCUCCAGUGAAUUUCACAAACUACAUUCGGCCAACCUGCUUAGCCUCAGAAAACAGCACUUUCAACAAUGAGACCAGCAGCUGGGCCAUCGGUUACAGUAGUGGAGUCAGCAACAACCUGAAGGAGGCAAGUGUAUCAAUAUUGGGAAACAAUGAGUGCACAGCCAGCUAUCCAAAAAUCACAGGCAGCAUCAUCUGUACGAGAGCGUCGGAUUUAUGUUGGAAUACUUUUGGGGCACCACUCAUGACUCAGAGUGAAUCUGUCUGGCUCCAGAGUGGACUUUUGACGGUCAUUAAAUGUGGUGAAUCUCCUUUUGUAUACACUGCUUUGUCUCAGUACCAGAAAUGGAUCAGCGAAACAGUCACAGGGACGCCACCAGGCUUUGUUACCUUCCCCUCCCCACACAGUUCAUUGCAAACCACUGCUCCUCCCACUGCUCCUCCCACUGCUCCUCCCACCGCCCCUUCCACCACAUCUCCCACUGCCCCUCCCAUCAUCCCGACAUGUGUCGGUGUGUUUUGCAGUGGUGAAAACCUGAUCCACUUCACUUACUCCACAUCACUGUGUGUUCUUGUUGUGUUGCUUCAUGUGUUUGCUGGAACUGUUGGAAACUAGAUCAACACAUUUACUCAAGUUCAAGUACAAACAUGAAGAAUUGUACCUGACAUGUUACUUUACAACUUUAAGAACCUUUGAUUCCAGGAGGGGUUUUUUUAAUAAAGGUAUUAUUUUUAUUUGAUUUUUUUCCCUCUAUACAUCUGUUUGUAUUUGCUGACUAAAAACUGGUUGUCAUUAAGAAAUGAAGCCUUCUUAAAUAAUUCUGAGUGAAAUGUUAACAUGUUGUUAUCACACAUUCACUCAUUUCUGUUGUUUGCUCAAAAUCUUAAAAGUAAUCAAUUAAAAUCCUUUGAAAUCUU